CUUCGAAAUACAGUAACAUUCCUCCAAGGCGGCUGAGCGCCGGGGUCUUGCGGUUUUGCACCGGCACUGUCAGCUGUGAGCAGCCCAGUCUUGACCUUCCCGCCAGCAAACAUGUCUCAGUGGCAACAGAUCCAGAAGUUGGACGGACCUCACCUGGACCAGGUGCACUACCUGUACUCCGAAGACUGCCUGCCCAUGGAAGUACGAGAGUACCUUGCCUACUGGAUCGAGCAGCAGAACUGGAACCAAGCGGCACGAUCCGACCCCUCGCAGGCUUGCAGCCUUUUCCACACCAUGCUGGGGCUGCUUGAUGAUCAACUUGGACGUCUCGUUUUGGGAGAAGAAAACAAUUCUAACAUGGUCCUCAAGCACAACCUGCGCCGCUCCAAACUCAACCUACAGGCCAAGUAUCAAGACCAUCCAGAGCAGCUGGCCAACUUCAUCGAUGGCUUGCUGAGAGACGAGCAAGGGAUCCUCGCGGAAGCCUUGGCCAUGUCGCGGGCACGGGUGGAACCACCCCCUGGUGCCUCUGUGGUCCUCAACCCGCACCACAACAUUGAGGGCCGACUCAUGGAUAUGCGAAGGGCUAUUCAGGGUCUGAAAUGUUCCGUAGGCCAGCUUGAGGAUCUGCAGGAUGCCUUUGACUUCCGUUACAAGACGCACCUUAUGUUGGUAAGUACGUCCACUCCUGAGGCUGCAACCCAAAGAGAACGAGCUUUGCAGGACAUGGUGAAUAAUGUGAACCGCUGCCGCAAAGAACUGCUGGAUCGGAUCAGGGAGCUGCUAGGCCGCUCCGAUACCCUGAGGGACUUUCUGCUGGCAGAGCUGGCGGUGUGGCAAGAUUGCCAGCGGCGGGCGUGUAUCGGGGACAAUUGUGACACCAGCUUGACAGAACUGGAGAAGUGGUUCACCGAGAGUGCUGAGAACCUCUUCUAUUUGUUGCUUCUGCUUCGCACCCUGGAGGAGCUGCGCCAAAAGGUGUCCUAUGAAGGAGAGCCCCUGGGUGUCCAGUUGCCCCAGCUGGAGAAGCGGCUGAAAGAGCAAAUUUCCUGCCUUUUGAAAAGUGCAUUUGUGGUGGAGAUUCAGCCUUCCAUGCCAUUGCCCAACCGCCGGCCUCUGGUGCUGAGAACCAGCAACAAGUUCUCUGUCCGUGCCAGGCUCCUGGUGAAGCUCCUGGAUCGAAACCACCCGAUGGAGGUGAAGAUUGAGAUCGACCGGAACGCUGCCAAUUUGGAAAGGUUUCGGAGGUUCAACAUCUUGCCGUCAACCACCAAAACCAUGGUGAUGGACCGGCCCCAGGUGGAGGGGCUCAUCUGUGACUUCAAGUACAUUAUGCUGAAGGAGCAGAAAAGCGGUUUGGGCAAAGGCAAGGGCAGCAAAGGACUCAGUGAGGGAUUGUUGCCUGUCACAGAGGAGCUCCACACCAUCACUUUCAUCCUGGACUAUUGCUACCAAGAUUUUACGUGUCAGCUGCAGACAUCCACUUUGCCAGUGGUGGUCAUCUCUAAUACCAACCAGGUGUCCAGUGCUUGGGCUUCCAUCUUAUGGUACCUCAUGUUCAGUCCAAACCCAACGAACCAGCUAUUUUUCUGCAAUCCACCUGCUGCCACCUGGGACCAGCUGUCCCCUGUCCUGAGCUGGCAAUUCUUGGCUGCUACUGACCGAGGCCUAAACACAGAUCAACUCAAGAUGCUGAGAGAGAAACUCUGUGGACCAAAUGCAACGCCGCAGAGCACAGUCACCUGGGCACAGUUUGCCAAGCCUACUUCGUACGCUUUCUCCUUCUGGACCUGGAUUGAUGGGAUCUUGCUCCUGAUUAAGGAGCACCUCCUGCAACUCUGGAACAACGCUCUCAUCAUGGGGUUCGUGAGCCGCAAGCGGGAGAAGAGUUUGCUGAAGAAGAAGAGGGCAGGCACCUUCCUGCUGCGCUUCAGUGAGAGCACCGCAAAUGGGGGCAUCACCUUUACCUGGGUGGACUUCGACGACACAGGUUCCCCCAAGUUCCAGUCAGUGGAGCCCUACACCUGCUCCGAGCUAAAGUACCUGGCGCUGCCAGACAUCAUCCAUGACUAUCAAUUCCUGGCUGUGGAGGAAAAAUCUGAGAAUCCACUGAAGUACCUCUAUCCCGACACGCCCCGGGAUUCAGCUUUUUCUCCUUACUAUAGUGAACGCCGGGAAGCGGACCUGCCAGAAGAGAGACGCUACUUGAACCGACGCCUGAUCAGAGUCUCUUCUCAGCAGCCAGAAGAGGCCCAGGUUCCCAGGCUGAAUGAUUUGGCCCUUGCAGACGAUGAGCACUUGAACCAUGAUCCAGCAGGAUUGGAGCACAGCCUUCAAGUUCCCAGGCUGAAUGGUUUGGCCCUUGCAGACAAUGAGCACUCGAACCACGAUCCGGCAGGAUUGGAGCACGGCCUUCAAGUUCCCAGGCUGAAUGGUUUGGCCCUUGCAGACUAUGAUCACUUGAACCACGAUCCGGCAGGAUUGGAGCAUGGCCUUCAAGUUCCCAGGCUGAAUGGUUUGGCCCUUGCAGACGAUGAGCACCUGAACAAUGAAUUGGUGGGGUUGGCGCAUGGCCUUCAAUGCCUUCUGUCCAACAGGCAAGAUCCUUUCCUUCCACUGCCGGGUGAUGAUCAGUUGCCACCGCUGCCUAUUCACCUGUUUGAGGCGCCUGAUGAGAUCCCAGAACUGAAUGUCAUGCCUCAUGAGAUCCCAGAGCUGAACGUGACGGCUGAUGAGAUCCCAGAGCUGAGCGUCGAUGAAAGCGAUUUUCAGUAGGCUCCCAUGUACUGUCACUGCUCCCCACUUUGAUAAGACAAACUGGAAUCUUCUUGGAAAUAAAAGCAGGUCUACCAGAGGGUAGAUGGUGAUGAUUUCUGGCAAGAUGGAUACCUAAAACUGUGGCUCUGCUCCCUUCCGACUGCUUACUGUCUUCCUUGUGUCCCCGCAAUGGAGCAUGGCUUUCUUAUUAAUCAAUUCAAAGAGGAUGCUGGACCACCUUUGAAGUUGCUCUUGAGUGUUCAAAUAGAGAGGCUGGAGACUGGGAAUGCCUGAAAAUGGGUGUGUAGGCAAUGAGAGUUAUGCUAGUUUGGGUUUUAGGUAUUUGGGGGCCACCAUGCUUGCCCGUCCCGUGUGCGGCUGCCAGCUCAACCUGUAUAUUUGUAAAUAAGCAGGCGUUAUGUAAUAUAUUUUAUAUCCUUAUGACCUGUCCUGUCCUGUACAGCUUCUCUUGAACUUCCCAUCAUUUGGAGAAGUUGAGGGUGCAAAUCAAACUGCAUAUUGGUACCUGCAAACAUGGACAUGCUCUUUUCUCUGGAAUUUUGGUCCUUCCGUUCAGUCGUCUUUUCCAAUUUGUAUUUUUUUCCACAGACUGUUCUGCUAAUGUCAUUUCCAAAUCAUUGCAGCAGCCCAUGGGUUUCUUCCUUAUCCUCCCACAUCUUUUUUCCAGACCUGAUCUAUGGCAAGUUUGGGGUUUUUGUGUGUGUUUGUUUUUGUAAUAAAAUUCAUUUUUGCUGGC